AUGAAGCAAGUAUUCGGCGCCGGCCAACAAGGCUCUCUCGCUGUCCCCAUCACAGCUGGUGUAGCUGCCCUAGGAGCAGGAGUGUUCUACAUGGGUAGAUCCAAGCCCGAUACCACUCCUGAGCAAGACCGCAGAAACCGCGCCGAGGCCAAAAAGGCAGAAGGUCUUAGUGGUGCAGGCAUUGGAGGAAACGCCAUCACGGGUGGUCAUGAACUGAGCCACACCGAGAACUCUAGGAGCAAGGAAAAGACCACAGCGCCUCUCGAGAAGCUUCCCAGCGGCGGAGUAGGGGGUGGCGUUGGCGCCGGAGGUUCCAACGUCCGCACCUCGAUCGAGAUGACGGCCAAGGAGAGCAGUCCCUCCAAGUCAGGUACGCCUUCCUAG